AUGGAGCUGCUGGAGUGCCCCAUGUGUCUGUUUCAUCUGUGUGAACCAGUUACUGUAAGCUGCGGUCACUCAUACUGUCGACGGUGCAUUAUGGGAGUCUGGGUGCCAUCCAGAUGCCAAGUCUGCAAGGAGAAACUCAAGCAGAAGGAUGUUAGAAACCUUAAAAAUAACGUUUUGCUUUUUGGGAUUAUUGAGAAAUGCUUGUCGGAGCAAAGCAAAACCAGGUGCCAAAUUCAGGACAAGCUCAGGACGCACGAUUUUACAGAAGCACUGCGAAUAACCCAGCACGCCAUACACACAGAUCCUGAUGACGUGAGUCUGAAAGUAUGGAGAGCAGAGGCCUGCUCGGGACUCCAGCGCUUUUCCGAAGCUCUCCAGGACCUGGAUGAUUUGUGCUUUGCUAGGCCUAACUGGGCCGAGGUUUUCUUUCGAAAAGGGAAUGUCCUGCUGGAGUUGGGGAGGAAGACAGAAGCUCUCGUGCAGUUCCACAGCUGUCUGAAACAGCAGCCUGAUUUUGCUGCAUCUAAGAACCAGAUCAAAAAGAUCUUGGAGACAGAGGGGCUGGUCGUACCAGAGGAGGUGCCCCAGAUCCUGGAUGCUGUGAAUGAGUAUCUGAGGGAGUUUUAUUGUAGCACAGGAUCUUCAGGUUCCACUGAUGGGCUGCAAUUAUCCUGGAAUCAUUCUAAGGAGAAAGCUGAUUGUCAGCAGAAUACACAGACUACAUCUCCAGUCAAACAUGACUCCAGUACCGAGUGCUGUUUGAGUCUUUGCCAGACUGUUUCUUUCCAUCCUGCUUUCCCAAUGGCUGAGGAUGAUGAAGAGCUGACGAUAAAUAAAGAGAAGAGACAAACAAAAGAUCCAUGCCUGGUAGAGGGAAAAUCUCUCAACGUUCUGACAGCGUCUGAUUUCGAGUGUCCUCUCUGCAUCCGAGUGUUUCAUGAGCCAGUUACAACCCCCUGUGGUCACACGUUCUGCAAGACCUGUAUCGAGAGAAGUCUCGACCAUAACCUCCGCUGUCCACUCUGUAAACAACCACUGGAGGAAUAUUUAAAGAACAGGAAGUACAACCCCACCGUGCUUCUGCAAGACAUCAUGUCUCGCCUCUUCCCGCAGCUGCUAGCUGAGAGGAAACAGGUGCAUGAUGCAGAGAUGGCCGAGCUCUCCAACUUGACCAAAGACAUCCCGAUCUUUGUGUGCACUGUGUCUUACCCUGGCAUCCAGUGCCCACUACAUGUCUUCGAGCCACGAUAUCGGUUGAUGAUGCGCCGCUGCAUGGAGACCGGCACCAAGAAGUUCGGCAUGUGCAGCUACGAGCAUGGCAAAGGAUUUGCAGAUUACGGUUGCAUGUUGGAGAUCAUGGACCAGGACGUGCUCCCUGAUGGUCGCUCCUAUGUGGAGACGGUGGGAGGGAAUCGUUUCCGUGUGCUCAAGAGAGGCCAUCGUGAUGGCUACCACACUGCUGACAUCGAGUACCUACAAGAUCACAAGGUCUAUGGAGCCGAGCUUGAAAUACUGCAGUAUCUCCAUGACAGCGUGUACCAGCAGGCGGGGGAGUGGUACCAGCGGCUCAACAGUCGUGUCCGAGAGCAGAUCAGCCGUCAGUACGGAGACAUGCCCGAGAGAGAGGACAACAUACAGGCGUUGGCUGAUGGCCCAGUCUGGUGCUGGUGGUUGUUAUCAGUAAUGCAGUUAGAUCCAGCCUACCAGACCACAGUACUUUCCCUGACCUCACUGAAGGACAGAUUAGGACAUCUGCGCAUUGUACUGGAGUACUUCUCUCGGAGCUAGGACGCACACACACACAUGCACGCACUUUUUAUUUUAAUUUAAUGCACAACAGAUGUUUGGUGUUUAGAUUUUUCAUAAUCACUGAUAAGAUUAUGAUUGUGUCUUUA